GUUGUCACAAGAUUUAGCAAAAUUUAGCUUUUGGGAGCGACCAGGAAUCUGACAGUUUUCCUGCCCAGUGGAUUACAUUUAAUGGCCUUUCACUUCCACUGAGGACACUAAAUUAAGAUGUGCUAUUUUAAUGCUCUUUUCUCCUCUAGAAUAUUUCUUUGAAUGUGACUGGAGCAGGAAAUGAAUGUAAUGGCUCCUCUAAUGAUCUCUUAUAGGUAGCUUGUUCUUUAAAUUCUGCUUUUGUGACAGUCUUUUGGACGUAGCGUCCGCACACCACAACUCCAUGGUGCAGUCGUCACCACAGUCCCCUUUAAAACACUUUCUUCAUGUUUGUGCUCAGUAUUGUUCGCUCCCUACUCCCCCAAGAACGCCCCUGCCACAAUCCUAGGAAACUGUUAGUCUAGUUACUUUCUUUAUAUAUUUGCCUAUCCUGGGUUUCAUGAAAAAGGAAAUUGCUGUUUCAAGUUCUUGACGGGAGAGCUUUUGGGAUUCCAGUUGUGGGUCUCUGUCAUGUAACACCGCUGUAAUACGCAUCCACUGAGAAUCUUAGAAGUUUAUGUGUGAAACCAAAUGAGUUUAAUGAAUUAAUUAACCCAGAUGAAUCCACUUUGGCAUUCAUGUGUGUAGGCAAGAUUCAUGCGCUCCAGAUUUUUCCUUUUUGCUAUUUUUACCAGCUCACGGUUCCAGCCUGUGGCGUUGGUUUCGUGAUGCUGCGACGAAAGCCCACCCGACUGGAGCUGAAGCUUGAUGACAUCGAGGAGUUUGAGAGCCUCAGGAAGGACCUGGAGACCCGGAAGAAACAAAAGGAAGAUGUUGAAAUUGUGGGAGGCAGUGAUGGAGAAGGGGCCAUUGGGCUCAACGUUGACUCCAAAAGCCGAGAACAAAUGAUCAAUGACCGAAUUGGUUAUAAACCUCAACCAAAGCCCAACAAUCGUUCAUCUCAGUUUGGGAAUUUUGAAUUUUAGAAGUAGGCAUGAAGUUUGCAUGCCAAAGCCUUGGAACGGAGUAAAAUGAUGGCAGGGGUACAAACAGGAUUUAGAACAUUGAGUACUUGGUCUACAAAAUGCUUGCUGCUUGCAGUGAGGAAUGCUUCGGAUGGAGUGAGUUUAACUAUGCUUAACUUUCACUUGAAGCCCGAAUUCAAACGCUGGUUUGUCUCUGGAAAGUUGACUCUGUAAAUGAUAAUCUGUCCGAUUUUUUUUUAUAAUAAAUGUAUUUUUUAACAAUUGA